CCCUAGAGCCACUGGAGCUACUGCAUUGUUACAUCAAAUCUCUUAAGGGUUAGACAUGUCUGGAAGAGGCAAAGGAGGUAAAGGACUCGGGAAAGGUGGCGCCAAGCGUCACCGUAAAGUUCUCCGUGAUAACAUCCAGGGAAUCACCAAACCCGCUAUUCGCCGUCUGGCUCGUCGCGGUGGAGUUAAGCGUAUCUCCGGUUUGAUCUACGAGGAGACUCGUGGUGUUCUCAAGGUAUUCUUGGAGAACGUGAUCCGUGAUGCAGUCACUUACACCGAGCAUGCCAAGAGGAAGACCGUGACCGCCAUGGAUGUGGUUUAUGCUCUCAAGAGGCAGGGCCGCACUUUGUUAUAUUUCCUUCAGUCCCAAACUGACAAACUACUCACAAUGGCUAGAACCAAGCAGACCGCUCGCAAAUCUACCGGUGGCAAAGCCCCCAGGAAGCAGUUGGCCACCAAGGCAGCCAGAAAGAGCGCCCCGGCCACCGGCGGCGUUAAGAAACCUCACCGUUACAGGCCCGGUACCGUGGCUCUCAGGGAGAUUCGUCGUUAUCAGAAAUCCACCGAGCUGCUCAUCCGCAAAUUGCCCUUCCAGCGCCUGGUCAGAGAAAUCGCUCAAGACUUCAAGACCGACCUGCGCUUCCAAAGCUCCGCCGUCAUGGCUCUGCAGGAGGCCAGCGAGGCUUACCUGGUGGGCCUGUUCGAGGACACCAACCUUAUUACCAUUCGAUAAACUACAACUCUUAUAGCCAUGUCUGGAAGAGGCAAGGGAGGCAAGGGACUCGGAAAAGGAGGCGCCAAGCGUCAUCGUAAGGUUCUCCGUGAUAACAUCCAGGGUAUCACCAAGCCUGCCAUCCGCCGUUUGGCUCGCCGUGGUGGAGUCAAACGUAUCUCUGGUCUCAUCUAUGAGGAGACCCGCGGGGUGCUCAAGGUGUUUCUGGAGAACGUCAUCCGUGAUGCAGUCACCUACACCGAGCAUGCCAAGAGGAAGACUGUAACUGCCAUGGAUGUAGUUUACGCUCUGAAGAGACAGGGACGCACUCUGUACGGCUUCGGAGGUUAAAUUGUAAUUCUAAGACAUACCCAAAAAGGCCCUUUUCAGGGCCACUAACUUUUGAAAAAUGAGAAAUUGUCCUUCCUGUAUGGAAUUAAAUUGCCUUUGGUCU